AUGCUUCGCAAGUCGGAGGGCUCCCUCACGACGCGGAGAGAAGCCGCGUCUCAUCACGGCCGUGGCGCUCGCAGGAGUUUAUUCGGACCGGUCGACCACGACGAGCUGAACCGCGAGCUGAAGCUCAGACUGAACGAAAUGGCGGAGCAGGAUACGCGGAGGUGGAAUUUCCAUUUCGAGACGGAGACGCCGUUACCCGGCAUUUAUCAGUGGGAAGAAAUCCCCUCCCGCCGUGCCGCCAGUCUGUACCGGGAGCCCACACGGGCCGGGGCCGGGGCCGAGGACGGGCGCACUCCGGGCGACCGCCGCUGUCCGCGCAGCGCCGGCGACGAGGCCGACCAGGAGAACUGCCCCGGCGUCUUUAACGCGGCCGACGUGCCCGCUGAGGGGACACCUGUUCGGAGGAAGAGGGUGCUCCCCAAACACGCCUCGAACUACAAGAUUACAGAUUUCUUCGUUAAGAGGAGAAAAGUGUCAGAGGCGAAGAACAUCCCGAGCCAUUUCCACCCGAAUUGUUCCCAGCAGGCCUUAUGCAUGCGGAUACGAAGAGCCUGACCUCCGGAGACUUUUGCUGAACUCUGCACCUAAUGGACCUUUUUCCAAAAAUAAGUGAAACGCUGUUUACUUGUCUAUCACUAGCUGGAGAUGUGUGGCAUUUGAGUGGACUUCUGCCGAGGACUGUUUUUUGUUGUUGUUGUUUAAUUUAAUCUAUUUAUGGGAUAUUUUAUUUUAUUUUUUAUUUUAUUUUUGCAUCCAGAACCUUGUUAUUUCAUGUUUCUUGAGACUACUUUUGUUUAUCUAUUUAAUUUGAUUUGGAAAAAAACGUUUAUA